AUGGAAACAUUCCUAUAUCACCCCACUCCUGAAGAAGGCGCCAUCGUCGGUACAAAUCUUUUGGAAACGCUCAAUGACUGGACUGUAGCCUUGGACAACAAGCAAUGUAUAGAUGUUAUACUCCUUGAUUUCACUAAAGCAUUUGACAAGGUCAGCCACUCAAAACUGCUAUUUAAAAUUAGUAAGCUAGGUUUUCAUGAGAAUGUUUAUAAAUGGAUGAAAGCCUUUCUCACUGGAAGAACUUAUCAAGAGCGCGUUAAUGCCUCGUACUCAAACAUUUUCUCCUCCGAGAGUGAGAUUCCUCAA